GAGAAGUGUGUUCAUCCCCUUUGGCCAGGUCCUUUCAUUCCACAGCACCUGACUGCUCCCCAUGUCCUGUGCCAGGCUGUGCUGGAGAAGAAGACCUCCCCAACACCAUUCCGGGACCACUUCAGCAGACCCCCCCAAACUCCCUUUCUAGCCCACCUCAUGUUGAACCUGAAACUGAAGCUAGAGUCCUGGGAGAAAGGGGACCGUCUUAGCCAGAUGGCCAUCCCUCUGCACCUUUGCUUCCACCUCCAGGCGGCGCUGUGUGAGUGGGAAAGACCACUGGUCAGAACUGACUACCACAUCCCGCGCUUUCUUGGACAAAUGAAACAGUGUCGCCUAACCAACCCUGUUUAUCUCAUCGUUCCAGCUCGGACACUCCAUGACUCACCCCUCCCAAUGUCCAGGCUAAGUGUCCCCAACCCUGCCCAGAGCCGAUGGCCUUCAUUAGUCCCUGGCACUUAUCUGGGAACCACAGCCACUGACAGAACUAUCCCAGCCCAUCUCUCUGCCUGCCCUGAGCCCAGCAGUGUCAUGGGGAACUGUCUGCACCCGAAUGUCCUCCAGGUGGCUGAUGACAACUCUACUAAACUGGCCACUGAAGACAAGAUUUGGAGUGAAUUUCUUGAGAUGUACGAUGCAGACUAUAACUUCACCGAUGUGGAAGCAGCUGCGCCCUGCCACUCCUGUAUCCUGCUCAACGACUCCUCACUGCCCUUCUUCAUCCUCGCCAGUGUCCUGGGCAUCCUGAUUAGUGGAGCUGUCCUCUACGCGUUUCUCAGACCUAUGUUCCCCCGUCAGGUCUACCAGAACUGGUCUAUCCUGGUGCAGUUGGCUGUGGGCAGUGCUCUCUUCAGCAUUAUGGUGCCCAUCCUGGCACGGGGGCUGAGUGGGGCCCUCAUCGCCUCCCUGUGCCACCUAGCUCACUUGGUCUCGUAUGGCUCAGCCUUUGCCCAAGCUCUGCUGAUAGGGAGCCAUGCCUGCCUGGGCCCCAAACUGGGUAGAGGUCACGUCCCAGGCCUCAGGCUGGGGAUCAGUGUGGGACUUUGGGGAGUGGCUGCCCUAUUGUCACUGCCAAUCACGCUGGGCAGUGACACUUCCCAGGGACUCUGCACAGUGACCUUCAGCGGGGAAUGGGAAAUUUUGCGGUACAUACAUGCUGCAGCCUGUUUUGCCAUCUUCAUCUUGUUGCCACUGGGUUUGUUGGGAGCCAAGGGGCUGAAGAAGGCAUUGGGCAGGGGGCCAUGUCCCUGGGUUGAUAUCCUAUAUGUCUGGUUCAUUUUCUGGUGGCCUCAGGGCAUGGUUCUGGGAUUGGACUCCCUGGUGAGGUCCAGGGCCAUGGUGGUGUCAACAUGUCUGGCCCAGCAGACCCUGGACGUGCUGCUGGACCUGGCAGAAGCCCUGGCAAUAUUGCACUGUGUGGCUACACCCCUGCUCCUCGCCCAGGUCUGCUACCAGGCCAUUCAAACUUCUCUGCCCUCCCUGCCCCUCUCGGCAACACAGUCUUCUCAUCUGGACAUCCUUGGAUGCAAAUCCUAGCUCUCUUCCCACCUGUCAACUUGAAUUAAAGUGUACGCUGUUUUUACGAA